AUGGUUCAGCCCCUCUUAAUUCUCCUCUUGUGUCCUCUAGGGGUGUAUCUAUGGCAUAGAUACCGCGACCCGUUGAAUACUAUUCCGACCGUGGGCGGUCCCUCUCUCCCACUUCUGUCGUACCUUGGAUCCUACAGGUUCUUCUUCCGAGCGCAAGAGCUUAUUCAGGCAGGCUAUGACAAAUAUCGUGGCUCUGCUUUUAAGGUCGCCAUGUUCGACCAAUGGUUAGUUGUACUCAGCGGCCCCGAGCUUGUGGAGGACGUCCGGAAAUUACCAGAUGACGUUGCUUCUCCUGGAGAAGGAGUCCUUUUCCUCACCCAGGUUGGGAAAUACAUGCACCCAGAGGUCUUGGCGGACCAUUAUCACGUUGACCUCAUCCGUAAUACUCUGACGCGGCAGUUGAAUGCUGUGCUGCCCGCGAUAGUCGACGAGGUCGAGGUAGUUUGCGGAGAGCUCCUACCUACAGUGGAAGGGGACAUUGCAUCCCUCCCCGGCAGCAAAACCGUGCUCGACAUCGUCUCUAGGAUCAUAAGCCGUGCCUUCGUUGGACAACCGCUAUGUCGGAAUAAACAAUACCUGGACGCCGCCGUUUCUUUCACAAUCGAUUUAGUCAAGGCUAGAAUAGUAAUCAACCUCUUUCCAGAGCGUAUGAAGUGGUUUGUGUCGCGCUUCAUCACCGGUCCUUCGGAGAACCUACGUCGGGUGAUGGGUCUCUUGUUGCCCGUCGUAAAUGAGCGUGUGGUCCAGAUGCGACAGCGGGAGACGAAGACAGAGUCGACAGACGUUCCUAAUGAUAUACUGCAGUGGAUUCUUGAGGAAGCUCAGGGGCGCAAGGAGCCGUUGGACUACGUCGCGAUGCGUCUGCAACUGCAGAAUUUUGCCGCCAUACAUACAUCUUCAAGUAGCUUGACGCAUGCAUUCUUUCACAUGCUUUCAAGGCUCGACAUCGUCCCGGUUUUACGUGAAGAGGUUGAAAGCGCGCUUGCUCCUGAGGGGUGGACAAAAACCGCACUCGACAAGAUGUGGAAGCUCGACAGCCUUUUGAAAGAGUCUCAGAGGUUUACCGGCAUCACGCUAUUGGGCAUGAUACGGAGGGCCGUCCAGGAUGUCAAGCUUGUCGACGGCACAUAUCUACCACGAGGAACCUUGUUUGCCUUCGCAGGUCAGGCUACUCACACCGACACCACAAACUACGACGGUGCCGACGAGUUCGACCCCUUCCGCUUUUCGGACGUCAGGGAAGGCGGGGACAGUGCCCGACACCAGUACGUCAACACAUCGUCCGAUUACAUCGCUUUUGGGCGCGGAAAGCACGCUUGUCCUGGACGAUUCUUUGCAUCGAUGGAGCUGAAGGUGGUGCUGGCGUACCUUAUUUUGACCUACGACAUGACACUUGAAGGCGAUGCGGGCAGACCUGCCAACAUCAACCUCAGCUUCUCGGUCAUCCCCUCCCGGGACGCAGUCGUGCGCUUCGAACGCCACUCCAGAUGA